GUAGGAGUUAAAAAUAAAAUAUCAGACAGAAAGUGAAACCAAGUUGUGGCCUGUGUAUUUUAGUUUCUCCUGGUAAGACGGCAUAUAGUUUGUUCCUAGAUCGAUACUUUUACCGGGAUCAGAAUAUAUAAACAAGUGCCAGGUUGGAGCAGACAGACUCGGGAACUGUUGAGCUACACUGGGAUCCACUGGAUCACUUGGAAAUCAAGACCAAAAACAAUCACAGAGUUUGCUGAUUAAAAGAAGACGGGAUUGCUUGGAAUGGACUGUGAAAACAGCACCAGCCUUUCUCAAACAAUUGAGAAACUUGAGGAAACCCCAAAGGAUAUGAAGGCCUUUACUUUUAAGAACACUGGGGAGGAGGGAGACAUCAACCAUGUGGGAGAAGAGGCAGUAAUAUUCGAAGACUCCGAUGUGGGUGAACCUGAUGAAGGCAACAGCAAUGAAGGCGAUGGAGGACCUCACAUAGACAACAUCGCUGAUGAGAUCGGAGAACCUGCAAAGGAAUCGGUAGAUGUUGUAGCUGGAGAGCCAACUGUUGCCGAAAAGGACGAUGAGUUUGGUGCCUUUGUGGGUGAACCAGUGGAGGAGGAGAGCAGCAAUUCCAUGCAAGCACUUGAAAAGGAGAACUCAAUUGAAAGUUCGGAAGUCACUGACAAUGCAGAUCGCUCCGUAAAUGGUGAAGAGAUUCUGAAAGCCAAUGAUAAACCAGUGGAGGACGACAGCAGCAAUUCCAUGCAAGAAUUUGAAAGGGAGACCUCAAAUGAAUCUUUGAAAGUCACUUACAACGAAGAAAAGAUCCCGAAAGGCUGUGGUGAACCAGUAGAGGAGGACAACAACCAAUCCAUGCAAGAAGUUGAGGAGGAUAUCUCAAAUGAAGGUGUGAAAGUCACUGACUAUAAAUGUUGCUUAGUAAAUGAAGAAGAGUUCCCGAAAGCCUGUGGUGAACCAGUGAAGGAGGACAGCAGCAAUUCCAUGCAAGAGGUUAAGGAGGAAAUCUCAGCCGAACCUUUGACGGUCAUGGCCAACGAAGAGUGCUCAGUAAAUGACGAAGAAGUCCCAAAAGCCAAUAAAGAAGCGUUCCCGAAAGCCUGUGGUGAACCAGUGAAGGAGGACAACGACCAAUCCAUGCAAGAAGUUGAGGAGGAUAUCUCAAAUGAAGGUUUGACGGUCAUGGCCAACGAAGAGUGCUCAGUAAAGGACAAAGAAGUCCCAAAAGCCAAUGAAGAAGCGUUCCCGAAAGCCUGUGGUGAACCAGUGAAGGAGGACAAUGACCAAUCCAUGCAAGAAGUUAAGGAGGAAAUCUCAGCCGAACCUUUGACGGUCAUGGCCAACGAAGAGUGCUCAGUAAAUGACGAAGAAGUCCCAAAAGCCAAUGAAGAGAAUAUCCAAUGUGCUUUGGCAGAUAUAAUUUCCAAGAUCAAUACAAAAUCGGAAGUCCCCAAGACUUGCAUAAGUGAUACAAAAGCUUUGUCCAACGUGAAAUCCAGUUGUGCCUUGAAAAAAAGGAAAAGAAAGACUCAAUUUAAGAGUUCUUCAUAUGAGGAAAAGUCCAAAGUCGGAGAUGUAAAAUCUCCAGAGGGGCGCAGGCUGAACAGACAUGGCGAUGACAAUGGAAGUGAUGGAGGUGGAAUCGGAGGUACAAGAACUCCAGAGGGGUAUAUGCCAGACAUACAUGGCGAUGGCGUUGGCACUGACGGAGUUGAGGAAGAAUGUCUUAGAACCUCGAGUGUGAAAAGGAAAUGUUUUCCAUUUGGAUUUCAUUUGAAAAUAGAGUUACUACUGAUGGUAAAAAUAUGGGUGAUGGUAAACGUAGCAACAGGUGCAACAAUUCCCCCCCAAUCUUACCAGUGUUGUACGUUUGAAUCUGUAGUCUCUAAAAUAUCAAACUUUUCUAUAAAAUUGGGUACGGAGGACAUUUGUAACUACAAUUCUUAUGCAAAGCUUAUUAAUUGCACAAAGGGGUCAUUAUGUUUUAUAACCAAUGACUACAAUGUGAAGUUUUGCGACAAAACAAAUAACGUAGAGGCCUUAAUUAUGGAGUAUGGACAGAACAGAACUAUCAUUAACUCAUCAGAUCAAGAGGAGCUGUCUGAUGAACAAGUGGCAAUUUGGCAGAAAUAUUAUGGUAACAAUUCAAGAACAACCACUGUGACCCCAUUUCCCACCACGCCCAGUAAAAUGCCAGAAACGGGGGUUCAUUUCUCUACGAUUGUCACUGCAGUCAUCAUACUGACACUGGGCAUACUGUGUGUCUUUACUUGCCGUUACUUGGUGACCAGAUCCACCCCGAUCUCCUAAAUGAGGAUACGACUGCUGAGGAGGAGGAUGAAUUGAAUGCAAUGAAAGAGACUGUUUAAAACAAUACUUUGCUUUUCAAUAAAGCGAUGCAAAUGGAAAA